CGUACUCUGCAUUUACAGUAUUAAUUUCGUUCGUUUGGUAUUGUUGUUUGACGAAUAACCAAGAGAUUUUAAAAUUAAAUAAUAAUAAAUAUGGAAGCCGCCGCAGAAGAGAUAGUAAAAGAUAGCAUUGAUAUUGAACAACAAGAAAAAAAUGGCGAAGAAAAGGCUCCUACACCUUCCAUUCCUUCCAUCCGAGACACACCAAAGAAGUCAAAGAAGGAAGACCGCAAUAAAAAGGAUGAUAAAAAUGUGGAACAGUUCAUGAAAUCACUGAACUCUGUGCCAAGUCUGGAGGAAAAACUGUCUCUGGUCUGCAAGAAAUAUGUGCAGACUGCUGAUGAUAAUAAGAAGCUGCAGUUUUAUAUCAAGCAGUCUGAUAAGCGGUAUGCUAUCUUAUUGAAAGAAAAAGAGCAAUUGCAACAUGAAUUCAACAAGACCAUCCUCGUCAAGUCCAAGUUGGAGAGCCUCUGUCGUGAGCUGCAGAAACAGAACAAAGCCAUCAAGGAAGAGUCCCUGCUAAAGAUCCGUGAAGAGGAGGAACGCCGGAAGGAGACUCAAGCCAAGUUCCAGAACACGCUGACCGAGAUCACCGCUCUCCUGCAGCAGAAUAAUGAUAAGAACGCCAAGUUGAGAGACGACAACAUCAGCAUGAGCGAGAAAUUCAAGAGUGUGGUGCAGCAGUACCAGCUGAGGGAACAGCAAGUUGAAAAAAUGGGGAAGCAAAUGGCGCUAGAGUCCCAGCUGUCUGACGCUAAACUUCAGAAAGCAGCUUUAGAGCACCAGGCAGAGAAAGAGAGGCUGCUAGCAGAGAUGGAACACCUGAAGGUCACGGUGGCUCAGUGCACGGCCAAGAUCAUGGAGCUGCAGGGGACGGAGACUGCUUUGAGGGGUCAGCUUGGCGUGUACACGGACAAGUACGAUGAGUUCCAGAACGCGUUAGUGAAAAGCAACCAGGUGUUCGGAGGGUUCAAGGAACAGAUGGAGAAGAUGUCCAAGAAAAUCAAAAAGCUAGAGAAGGAAUCUCUCUCAUGGAAAAAACGCUGGGAGACAUCUCAAACAGCACUGUUGGACAUGUGCGGGGAGCGGCAGGCCAGCGAGGAGCGCGCGGCGGCCGCCAGUCGGCAGCUGCAGCACAUGCAGAGCCUGUGCCGCACGCUGCAGGCGGAGCGCACGACGCUGCUGGGCACGCUGAAGGAGCACAACAUCGAGCGGCCCCCGCUGCCCACGCCGCCGCCCGCGCCGGCCCCCGCGCCCGCGCCCGCGCCUGCGCACAGCAAGCAGAGCAACGACAAGGUCGACAAAAUGGCGGCGAAUUGUGCACAACUUCGACAGAGCCUCGUGCACCUCCAGAGCCAACUGAACACCCUCACCAACAACAAGAACGGUGUCAAGGAAGACGCACCCAAAGCAGACAAACCCAAGAAACAGAAAUCUAAAAAGAAAGCGGAAAAACAGUCACAGGAGGCGACAAAUUCUAUAGAAGUCACCGAAGAACCAGUCAGAGAUGAUAAUAAAGAAACAUCAGAAGAACCACCUCACUCACCUAAUGAAGAUUCAAUCCAAAACGACAUAGAUAGCUUAGAAGAAAAAAUAGACGAGAAAGCCAUGGAAACUCUAAUCCAAGCUAUAAGCAAUGCUAACAUAAAUCUACACGAUUUAUCAGUAGAUGAAAAUAACGAGCAAGUGGACAUUGAAAAGGUAAUAGAUGGUUCACACAAUGAAAUCGCCAACACAUCGAAUGAUGAGGUGUCACAUAUAACCGAAGUAAAACCUAUAUCGACUGCGUAAUCCAAACAACGUGUAGUUUACGAACAAAAUUUGAGAGGAGUGAUCAGUGAUGUGUAAUUUGUAUUCUUUAGUCAGGUGCUGAUUCAUAAAUAGGUCCAGGUCACUAACAUUAUGGGUGUCUAUUAUCAUCCUGUAUGAAGGGAAAUUGGACAUAGAGUAUCGUUUAGCGUAAAAGACCUCAUCUGACAAAAGCAAGGUAGUAUUUUAUUAUAUGAUUGUUAUUGAUGUGACAAGGUUCUAUUUGAUUCUUUAGCUCCUGAUAAAGCCAGAAAUCGGGAAUUUAGCUAGUUCAUGUCAUGGUUAUAUAUAUAAGUUACGUCGAAAUACUUCGACCAGAAUCAACGUAAACCAAUGAAAGCUUAGUGUUUAAAAAUCUACAAGCAAAUUAUAAUGUUACAGUACUUAAUUUGACACGUGUUUAGUUAAAUCUGAAAAAGCAGAUCAGCUGGUGACUUUUAGUAUACGUGACACGUCAAAUUCUAAUAUGUGAUCUUGAUAGAAACCAGUUUUGUACAGUAAAAAUCCUAAAUAAUUUGAUUGAUGUAAAAUGUGACCUGUAAAAUUUGCUUUUACCAAUAAAGUUCUGUAUUCUGUAUUGCGCUAAAAUUUAAUGAAGGAAUUUACCCUAAUGUUACCUUAAAAGCUUGCCAAUGAUUUGUAAACGACACAUAUUUUUCCGAUUUAGCUAUACCAUGAGCCGAAUAGUGUGCAAUAUAGUGCACAACUUAGAUUUUUGUGUGAUUAGUUAGGUUAUUUUAGUUAUCUACAACUCAAAAGUAUUUGAUUCAAAAGUGCCUAUAAUGUCUCUAGUCAGGAUAUCGGCAUUCUACCAUUUUGUACGGAAUACAUAAUACACUUUGAAAAUUUAACAAACAAAGCAUAGAAGUAUCCAUUAGAAGACCUUAUUACUUUGUAAUAAGGAUUACAAAGCGGUAAAAAGAUUUCUAAGAAGUCUUCCUAAGGGUUGUUAUAUCUGUAGAUAAGUGUUUUUGUGUGCUACCAAUGGUAUAUGAGUAACAUGGUUGUGUCCUAAAUCCUAGAAAAAAUAUCUCUGGAAAUUCAAGAAAGGCCGUAUGGUUUAUGGCCAAAUGAUGAUCGCUAUAUAAUUUAAAUUCGUUGAUUCGUGGUAGUUCACAUUUUAGCUAUAAAAUUAUGCUUCCGUUUUUUACUACUAUUUGUACGAUAUAUUAGCGGACAUUUGACGGUUUGUCACAUUGUAGAUAAAUAAUCUAAUCAGAUGAGAAAAUUGAUACCUCUAGUUCAGGAAUCGACAAGUUUUUGAAGAGAUACGCCAACCGCAUUAAUAAUUACCAGUUUCAAGAAAUUCUAAGAGCAACAUUUGAUUAUUUCAUUAAAAAAAACGUUGACAAGAGUGACGUGUGGCUUGCGAAUUUGCCGACCCCUGAACUGUAGUCUAGGUACGUGUGUAUACAUUUCGGCCUAGAAUUAUGAGAAUCCUUAAGUGCCCACAGCAUCGCAAAUUAUUGCAAUUUUUGAUUUUGACUAACCAAAACCAUUGAUCCAUGCUGCGACACUUGUUGUUUACUGUUUUAUAUCACAUAGAUAAAGACUGCUCUUAAAAGCAGGGGUCGGAAACCGGUAUUUGCUCCAUACAAAAAUACCGGUAUUAUUACGUUCUUUUGUUUAUAAUUUCAUUUUUAAUGGAACGUUUUAAUAAUGCAAAAUUGUUUCCUAAACACAUGAUUCAGUCCUACGUAAUGAGCAUAAAAUAAUUCAAAAUAUUGGGCUAUUUCGGGGUUUUUAAAAAAUACCGGUUCCGAGCCCUGCUUAAAAGUAUAAAAGUCGUAAAAAUCGAAGUAAAAGACAUUUAAACCAGAGAUGGGCAUUAAUCGAUUAAUCUUUUAGUUAACUAAUCAAUCGAUUAAAAAUAUCAAUCGUCAUUUUUUAAUCGCGAUUAAUUUAGUUGCGAUUAAAUUAGUUGUGAGAAUGUUCGACUAACAACUAAAUUAGUUUUAGUUUCAAUCGAAUAAAUUUCACGAUUAAAUCUACCUACCCGUUUUUGCAUUUUUUAUCUUGCAAUAUGUAACUACAAGUACGUAUGUAUGUAACAUACGGAGGUACUCGUAUGUUGUAACUAUGUUAGUUUGGGUAGAACUUUGCGACUUAUUUUGAAGCAGAUAUCUUCAUCCGAUUGAGCUAAAAUUAUGUAUACACGUUUAAUUUGAAAUGCUUGAAUGACAAUGCAAAUAAUGCCAAUAUUAUUAUAACGAUAUAUUGGUAAUAACGACAAAUAGCGAAAAACUGCAUUGUUUACAAAUCGCAAACAAUAAAGUAGGUUGGUGCAUUAUUAAUACUUUGAAUUAUACGAUACUGAGUAAAUCUUAGACAUAGAAACUAUCAAUAUUUUGCUGUCUCUGACAAUAGUAAAACUCUUUUUAGUGUCACGCGGUGACAAAACAAUGGGAUAUUCCUACUUACCUAGAACUGGAAGUUGUUUGUUGCAUUUUGGUGCAAGUGCCGACGCAUCUUCUAAAAAUAACACGUUCUAUUGAAUGACACAUCUGCAUGUUGUUUAUUAUCUACGCGGUCUAUUUUGUUUUCAACGUGUGGUCAUUAAACUUACUUACUUUAGUAGCAAAAUAAUAGUGAGAACAGAUCUCACUCCUUAGAAACGGUCAAAAUAUCGUAAGUAAUACAUGACUAUUUUAUUUUUAAACAUCCGUUAAGAUGUCCUAAUCAGUCUGUCAACAUAGCCAUACCGAGGUAUUCUAUUCAAUUUGCUUCUAACAUUAGUCGCGAGAAAAUAGUCUAACUAAUUAGUCGAUUACAAAAUUUAGUUGUCCGAAAUCAAUCGGCAACUAAUUUAGUUGCAACUAAAUUAGUUGCACUCUAUACAACUAAGAUUGAUCAAUCGUCGUUUUCAAUCGUCAGUCGCAAUUAAUUCCUGUAAUCUUAAUCGUUAAUCGUUAGUCGAUUACAUUUUGCCCAUCUGUGAUUUAAACUAAUAGACUUGCAAAUAAAGAAUUUAAAAGUAUAGAUCUUUCUAUCCCACCACGCCUACAAAACUUCUGUUACAUUGGGAAACUCAUACAGUAUUUUCGUGCAAUAAGGUACACGUUAGAGCUGGUAUCCCAAUUUAGCGUAGAGUAGAGUAGUUUUGCGUGGUGGGGUGGAUAUGACUAGGACACCAUGUCAAAUUCAUUUUAAGUGAGAUCACGAUCACUUUUAAGUGAAAUCACGAAAUAUUUGUUUUUGCACGUCUAUUGGUUCACUUGUCCUUGUUUACAGAAUUUAUAAUGGCAAGGUGUAUAAUAUAAUUUAUUUGUAGGUAUUGCUUGUCAAUUUCACCAAAUCUUACGAAUUUUACAGUCCAUCUGUCCAUUGUGGGCUAGGUUUUUGUCUGUCAGGACGAUUAAUUAGUUUUUGUAAUAAAGUUAGAUUUUGUAAUC